AAUGUUUAUUAGUUAAACAUACGCGGACUAGCCAGUAUUAAAAUAUUUUUUUUUAUAUUUUGUGUUUGUCUAUAAUAGUAAUAAUAGUUAAUACCCAAUAUUUGUUAUUUAGUGCUAUAUAAAUGAUAAUAUGAUGUUUUCAAAUUUUACCAUAUUCAUGGUAAUUUUGUGCGUAUCACGUCAUGCUUACGCGUCAGAAUCGGCAAAAAGUAAGAUCGACUGUAUCGAAUAUAGAUCGUGCACAAAAUGUGCAAACGAAACGUUGUGCAGUUGGUCGUUGGAACAUCAGAAUUGCGUCCAACAAGAAGAACUGUGGGGGAACAUGAUGGUGCAUGUGGAGACGGACUGUCCGCAGUUCACGGUGGCCAAACUUUCGUGGUUGAAAGACGCGUCGUAUACUUACACGUUGACCGUGUCCAACGACAAGAAAGACUUCAUGGCGUAUCUCCGCAGGGUGACGAUCUCUUGCUCGCUACAAACGGGCUACUUAAAAGGCCGGGUCGACCAGAACGAUAUCAAGUGCGACGGCAUUAGACGGACGCAGGCCGAUUUCAUGCUCAACAAACAGAUGAUUUUCUUCUAUUACGUCAAGUUCAACAACAACUCGGUGAUAUUGCGGCUGGACAACGAUUCGGACUAUUACGUACCACACUAUAACCACGAAUGCGGCGUCAAGCGAGAUGACGAUUGCAUGACGUGCGCGUGGACCGCCGACGGGUACAUAAACUACUUCAAACGGUGUUCAAGCGCCAACCGGUGUUCGGGGUUGUACCAGUUCUACGAUAGGCGGUACGCGCAGAACUUUACGACCACCGCAACGGCCACGGCGGCAGUGCCACUACAGUGCGCCAAUGCAAGCGUCCAGUCGGUGGAACCGGUUUCGGCCCCGUGGACCGGUGGCACGGUGGUACGCGUCACCGUCAAAAACCACAGAAUACUGACCGAGAAAAAGUCGGUGGUGGUGACAGUGGCCGGGCGUGAGUGUGCCGGCCCGAAGUCGGUGGACAACGAUACGAUCGCGUGCAUCGUAUCACCGCCGUCAAGAGAGGAGCCGAAGGCGGUCAGCGACGUCGCCAGGCUGGCAGAAGGAUCAAUCGUGGUUGAAUACGGUCCGUGGCAGAAGUUCAGUAUCGUGUCCACGUUCGCGUUCAAGCUCGUUAAUCCCCGGCUGACGGACGUGAGCCCGACCUGUGGCCCGCUGUCGGGCGGAACACUUCUGACCAUCGCUGGCGAGUAUCUGGACACCGGUACCGCUGUCCGCGUGGUGGUCGGAAACGACACGACGUGCUCUGCGGUCGUUCGCUCGCCGAAACGUAUUUUGUGCUUGACGAGUGCCGUGGAAGCUCCAAAUGACGGCGUCGUCAGGGUGGUGUUCGACGGCGGGCUGUCCGCGCAAACUGCUAACCGACAGUCGUUCGCCUACACCGGCAACCCAGUGCUGGACGCGUCGCAACCGUUUGCGGGCAUCGUUUCGGGCGGCACAGCGAUCCCGGUACGUGGACUCCACUUCUCUUGCGCGCGCAACACCACGAUGGCUGUCCACCUGCACAACGGCACCGUCCACCGGACCGGUUGUCAGAUACACAACGACACGUUCAUGGUGUGCCGGUCCCCUGCACUGAGUGUGGACGAUCUUCCGAUACGACACGUGAAUACGACCACCAUCGCGGCCGAGAACGACGACGCCGAGGCCACCUUGCUUGGCACGUUGAAGUUCGAACUCGACAUAGCGUACGAUGGUGAUUCGGUCGUGAAACUCCGGCCCGGUCACGGUGAUCCCAUGCCCAGGUACCACUUGUACGUGAACCCGGUGUUGAACUACUUUGCAACUGACGGCCACGCGAUCACCGUCAUCGGACGGAACCUGGAGUGGGGCUACGCGCAGUACCAAGGCGACGACACGGUCGUCCGGUUACACGUGAACGACAACUUGGCCGUUUACACAACGUGUGACGUCACGUCUGUUGACUGGCACAGGAUCGUGUGCGUGCCGAAAACCGCGGUCAAUAUGGAAACGGUAAGCGCGGUCGACGUCGCCUACGGCCUGAACUUGAGGCAACUGCUCUUCAAAAAGCCCGCCCGUUCCGUCGACUACAUUCAGCAUCCUUGGACUGAUGGCCGUGGUACCACGGUGGUCGUAGCCGUUUUGGCUGUGUUGUUGUUGUGCUGCGUAUGCCUCGUGCAGUUAUACGGUAGAAAAAUCAGAAAUCGGUACAACUGCGGCACUCCGCUCGUCGAAUUGCAAACACCGGAAUAGUAUCGAAACACCAGGAUACCUAUAGCCUAAGACAACUGCACUGCUAUAUCUAUUCUUAUAUUUUCAUACUCAUUUAAUAUUCAUUACUAACAUUUUCAAAUCACCAUUGGUUCCCACUUACCACAUCUUCUAAACCCAUUAUCAUGGACCUAUUAUUCUCAGUAGACAAAUUUAAUUAGCUCAAAAAUAACUCGUUCGAAGAUAAUAUUAAUACGGCAACAUUUACAGAAAAACUAUACUCUAAAUAAUUUACAGUAAAAAAGGAUAAUAUUAUCAUUUGAAAAACAAAAGUUUAUAGUGGGCGUCCCGUGAGGAUAUACCCAUUAGCCGUAGAGGGGACUUUGCCGCCCGGAAAAAAACCAGCUUUAUGUCGUUUUACCUAAAAACUUAAAAAAAUAUUAAAAAUUACGAGACUAAUGAGAAUACAAUGUUGAAAAGUCAAAAUGUUCACAAAAAUAAAAUCUAUAAAAUGGCUACCUUCAAUUUUUUCAAAAAUAAAAUAUGUGUAGUCCUUGUCUCUAUGAGUCUAAUAAAAAAAAUCAGAUUUAUGAUAUAUUUGUUAUCUCAGGAGAUAUUGCAAUGGGUAAAUCCUCACAGGACACUCGUACAUAAGUAUACUACGACAAAUCUCAAGAAUUGAAAAAUAAGUUCUUAAAUCCUAAAGUAUAUUUCAAAAUUCCAAAAA